AUGAAGUAUAUCAAGAAUUUGAUCGCCAAAGUACGCCUUAAGACGAAUCUCAAGUCGAACGAUGAAGCACCCACGAUGAAGCCAAAACUCUCUACUCAUAUCCGAACUGCUAUCGGUGACAGUCGAGAGAAGAUCCGGGGGAAGUUGCACAAGUCAUUUUCCAAGCUGUUGCCUACACGAACAACAAGACUAGAUGAGAACAAUAUACCACUCAAGAGACUCCGACCAAGAUCAGCACAAACGCAAGACGGACCGGAGGUACUACUGGAAGUACCAUCCACACCCGCAGCUCAACAGCAGCCCGAGACACCAACGCGCAGAGAACCAGGUGGUCCGUUGACUUCCAACCCCCCUGACCUGCUUCUCAACCGACCACGAGUUUACGACAACGAAAACGAGGCCGCGGAUGAUGAUAUUCAAGAGUAUUAUGAUGUUCAAGAGUAUUAUGCUAAUGAAGAGUAUUAUGCCAAUGAAGAGUAUUAUGCUAAUGAAGAGAACUCUGCCAUUGAAGAGAACUUGGCCAUUGAAGAGGAAUCUGCCAUUCAAGAGGAAUCUGCACUUCGAGAGGACUCGGCCAUUGAAAAGGACUUGGCUAUUGAAGAGGAAUCUGCCAUUCAAGAGGAGGAUAGCCACGGAGAAGGUAGUGGAUCCGGUCCUUCAGAUUCUGAUCGUCCACCUUCUGCUGGACAACAGGGUGAUAGCGAUGGAGAAAAUGGUGAGAUCGACACUUCAAAUCCCGAUAUCUCACCUCGUCUCAAGAAGAUCCCAAAGUUUGAUGGACUUAGUGUUUUGUUCUCUAAGGAUGCUAUUCGGCAAGCUCUCAAUGCCACUGACGAGUCACCAUGUAGAGGGAAGGCCCAUAAGCGUGCGGUAUCCUUCGACAUACCAGGUGUAUUGGGAGGGCCAGCAGGUGGAGAUCCAAAUGCAGGAGAGGGAAUCGGCAACCAAAAGCACAAGAGAGCAACUACUUUUGAUUUCGGUACAAGAAGCUCGCUACUAGACCUAGGUUCGCCAUUGGUCUCGUCCGAAAACAGCAAUAAUGAAGAUAACGUUGCUGUCUCUUCACUUCGGUCAUCUCGUUCUACGAUGGCUUCAGAAUCACAAUCCUGGUCUUCAGGAACUACACGAGCAUCCUCUCCAGUUUUUCCGUCGACUCUAGAACGUCCACAUCCUAUUAGAAGAAAAUACGCGCUAUGGAAUCCCGAGCGAAAUCAACACUUGCAGGAGAAGGAGAAGAUUGUUGUCGUCGGAAUUUCCGGUCCCGCGGGAUGCGGCAAAUCCACCCUCGUUUACCUCUUGAACGAAAUCUUCAACCCUGAAACGAAGGAAGAAAAGGACUCGCACAUUAGACCGCAGAGAAUUAUUCAUCAAGACGAUUUCUUGAAACCAAUGGAGGAUUGUCCACUUACCAAGUUUCCCGUUGAAUUGGAGAAGAAGGAGUUCAUGGAGCAAAGCUUGGAGUGGAAUACCUUGGGGUUAUGUUGGUUUGAGGAGAUAUGGGAGGAGAUACUAGGGGGUCAAAGUGAUACUACCGAGGAACUUGAAGAAGGAGAAAGUUACGGCGUAGGUAAUGGUGGUGGAUUGUAUGAUGAUGACGAAUAUGAUAAUGGACGGUAUGAUGAUGGAAAGUAUGAUGAAGAAGAAGAAGAUCACGACGAAGACGAUAAGGAAGACGACGAGGAAGAGGAUGGUGAAUACUAUGAGACCGCGGAGCCAGAUAGAAAGAACCAGAGUGUAUCUGGCUGGAUGGUUGCUGGCCCUGACCUUCAUUGCGCCGAAGCUUUUGACUUUGAUGCAUUGGCGAAAGCUGUUAGAGAUUUGAAGAAGAGAGGAGAGGUGCGAUCGGGUUCUGAGAUCAACCAAAGCGAAGAAAAUCUGAGCAUCAUCAAGAGUACAGAAAAGCAUCUCUCCGGACCUUCAAUCGAAAAAGGAGACGGCGGGCAAAAGAAGCGGGAGUUCGCGGUAUUUGAGGACGGAAAUGCGGAAGAAGCACACCCAAUAACACAACACGUCGACAAUAUCUCGGAGCUCAACAAGGUAUACAAGAAUGCGAUCGCCAUUUCUCGUCAACGAGUACGAAAUGCCUUUCAACAUGCAUGCAAGAAUAUCAAAGUUGUUUUCGUCGAGGGAACGAUGUUAUACACAAAGUCUUCCGUUGCCGUGGAUGCUCGGACACAGAUCAAGUCACACAUCCACAUUCCCCUUUUCCUCCCAGACUUCAUGCCAACAGCCAGAACACGUCGCUUCAAGCGUGAUGUGUAUUUGCCAGAUAGACGACCCGGUGGAAUGUGGAAGACCAAGGCAUAUUAUGAUAAUGUUAUCGCAAAAAACUAUACACAAGAGCACAAUUGGUUACUUUCGGAAUUCUUCAAACCUGGUUGUACUCAAAAUUUACGAGGCAUGACUAUUGCUGGAGUGUUUACCAGAGGGGUUCAGGACUAUACUAUUCCCGAAACUGUUGAGUGGGCUGUACAAAAGAUUCUGUAUGAAGCAAUGAUUAUGGAUUUCUAG